AUGUCCUUUAUCCUCGCUGACGAAGCUACCAUGGAAGCCUCCUUGCCAUCGCAUCCUUUUUCUGCUCCUCGGGCGCGCGAACAGCGGAAACAAGCUACCUCCGCGACCCCCAGCGACGGAUCAACGCAGAGACGUGAAUCUGGCACAGCUCCACCACCCACUUCGCGUUAUACAUCAUCUUUGCAACACCAUGAUGCCGUAUCUCAUCGGCCAAAUUGUACCAGCAACCCCUCGUCGGCGGGGAUACCGACACCUCCUCCGCCGUCUCUGUCUCAACCUAUGACUCCCAUACUCUAUGGCGUAUCAGGACCAUGCUCUGCUAUCAGCAGUUCGUCAUCGCGGCCCAACUCGCUAGCUGGAUCGCUUUCGGAAUACCAGGAAAGCUUUGUCAUGAGUGCCUUCGGAACCUCGGACGCUGGUCGCCCCCAAAGUAUAUACAGUGGCGAGGUUGCUCAGCAGUUCAUUAUGCCCACCAUCAACGUCCCUAGUCGGAGACCCUUCACAGAAGCUGGAAAGGGCCUUGGCGUAGGGAAGACCGCUUUGAUCCGAACUAUAACACAAUCUUGCUCGCACAUCGUACACAUCGACCCUACCGUGCCAGUGGCAAUGGCGUCCAAAGGUUUCCUGCCAGCAAAUACGAUGCCGAAUAGUCCUCCGAUAUCUCAGGGCACUUUCCAAAUCACAGAGACUUUAGCCAGCACCAAACCGUACCCCUCCUGGUGGAAGGAUUCGGCCUUUUCAUCCCCUACGCCUGGUCCGAUUCAACUAGAGGACACAAUUCUAGACAGAAACAUCUGUCUGGUUGAUACGCCUGGAUAUCAGGAAACAUGUCGCCCAACGGAUACUAUGGGCCAAGUCUCACAAUACGUUGAAUCAUACCUUCAAAAGAGCCGUCUCGACGGUCUAGAAGACCCCGAUGUUCUAAAAACAAUCAGUGGAAGCGGCGGCUUGCUUGUUGAUGCGGUGCUCUACAUGAUUCCCAGUUCAGAGCAGACAGCAGCGGCUAAGAAGCACAUUGCCCAACAACUUGCUGAGGCUGGCCUCGGGCUGUUCUCUUUCGAUCCCUUGACGGAUGGCGUAGGAGAACAACACAUAUAUGCUGCUUCUAGCGAGUUAGGAUCGGAUUCAGAGGUCAUGGACGCCAGUCUGCUCAUGAGCUCCGAGCAUGUGCAACCUUUUGUGCCCUCCGAUCUCUCGCAGUUAGUGGAAAACAUAUUCUGCGUGAAUGGCGCAACUUGGCUUCGCCAUGCUGCCGCAGCAAAGCUUCUGGGUUGGCGCACUCGUCACCCUGGGCCUAGUAACGUCUCCGGCUUCGCCUCAAAGUCAGAAGGCUCGACGGAUAUGUGGUUGAUGCGUCCUAGGGCCGGAUCACUGACUCCUCUUGCCAUGAGUCGCGCUCCAAACUAUGCUGCUUGUAAUGAACGACUCUGCCGAGUGCAGCUCACGAACUGGGCGGCAGAUUUACAACGCAGCCUGGCCAACGAAAAACGGAUGCAAGAGCUCAGGGCAUGGGAGCAGGCGGCUAUGUUGUCGAGGGAAACUUGGAGAGAUGGCCGCUCAGCAUCAGGCGGCGAAGAUAUGGCGUUGACGAGAACAAGAGGACGGGGAGAAUGUCGGCAGUCUCUCCGUAAGAGGAGACACAGUACAGGGUCUGGCCUAGAUUGGGGGCUUGUAAGACAUCAGGAUCCUUUGGGCUUGCUUCAGCUUAAUGCCGACUUUAGGUGGCAGGGUUGGAAGACGCUGGAGAUGGUCGGUGGUAUUGGGAUCCUGGGCGGUUUGGCAUGGUUGCUUGUUUAG